GAAAGGUCCACAACCACAGCCACGCAUUUCAUCCGUUAUCAGAGACCGAGUCUCAUAGUUUGUCACAGAGAAAAACAUGUCAAUUUCCAGUAUGUUCGGCUCGAGCGUCUUGGUGGUGCCGAGUACCAGUGGUCCGACGCUGUUGAAGACUUGUGGGACCAAGACAGCCCCGUGGAGUGGCGGUGGUGGCGGCGUCGGCGGGGGGUUGGUGAUAGAGUGCUCGUCGAGGCCACAGAAAAAGGCGACGGCGCACCACAGGAAGACGAGGCCGCGCAAGACACAGGCAUGGGACAUAAAGCGGAAACCGACAGUGUACCCUCCAUUGCCACCGUUGCCUCCUGACUGGACUCUGGAGGCCUCUUCUGGGUCCGGCGAUGGUUCGACGGUAGCUGUUGACGAUCCUCCUCCUCCCUCUCCGCCCGCAGCUGAGUAGUACUCUGCUGUUGUUCUGAGUUGAAGUGUUUAUGGUGGCUUCUUUUUGUUUUGAAGGUUUGUCUUGGGUUUUCUGAUAUUAUUAACUUAUUGCUUCUGGGUUUGAUUAAUUUAAUGAAAUGCUUUUUGCUUGA